UGCGCCUGGUGUGUUGUGUGGCAGUGGCGUGCAAGAUGUCAUCGCGCGGUAACUCUUUGAUUCUCUUACUGUCGGUGUGUACUUCACAUUUGAUAGGUUUAUCUUCUUUUACAAAAUUAGAGUCAUUGUAUUCACAUGAUGAUCCCAUAGUUCAGCUAUCGACUAAUAAUUUUAAAUCAACGAUCUUUGGGAAAAGUAAUGCUUGGGUCGUGGAGUUUUAUUCCAGCUGGUGCGGUCACUGUCAACGGUUCGCUCCUGUUUGGCGACAAGUAGGAAGAGAAAUUUCAUCGGCAGGUUGGCAAGAUGUGGUGAACAUUGCUGCUGUUAAUUGCGCAGAAGAAAGCAACUCUCAAGGCAUAUGUCGUGAAUAUUCUAUAGACUCAAUUCCCUCAGUAAAGUACUUGAAGCCAUUUACCUAUGAGGGUGAUAUUGGAAUAGAAAUCAACGGCUCAAUGGAAGCAGUCCAUUUCACCAAAGCGAUCAUUAAACAGUUGGAACAGCCUCCACCAGGUGGUGCAUCAGAGCAUUGGCCAAAUUUCGAGAUAGCCUCUGCUAGCACAGUUAUGGGUCUUUGGAAAGGCAUAAACACACGGGUAACUCAUCAUCUACUAGUGACAGUCGAAGAUGGCGCCUCCCUUCUUGGAAGAUUGCUCAGCAUGGACACAAGAAAAGUGAAGGCACUGCACACAAUGAGAGUCCUCCCAGAUAAUAAAGGUCUUUUAAAGGAAUUGAAGGUCACACGAUGGCCCACCGUCUAUCUUGUACACCGCGACGGCACACACACACAGCUCAGUCAUGAUGCUACAGACAGACACAAUGUACUUCAGGCCUUGGUCGGCUAUCAUCCAGCUAGCUUUCAUGCAGGUUUGCCAGACCUGAGCUACUUUCCAGGACAGCCACACGUGCUUAACUUUAUUCAACGUCUCCUAGACUGGCUUCACUUAGCUGAAGAGGAGCUUGAUCCAGCUGAGCUUGUUGCUUUCAUCAGAGAACAGAAUCCAGAUGCAUACCUACCACCUACGGUCAGGUGGGUUGGCUGCCUGGGUAGUAAGCCACAGUUCCGAAAUUACCCCUGUGGGCUCUGGACCAUGUUUCACACGCUCACCAUUAGUGCAGAAGCUCUUAAUCAAGAAGAUGGCAACGCCGACCCGCGGGAGGUGCUCUAUGGUAUCCAGGCAUUCGUGCAGUACUUCUUCGGCUGUCGUGAGUGCAGCAGCAACUUCCAUAAGAUGGCAGUGACGAUUGACGGUUACGUGAACACAUCGGCGGACGCCGUCAUGUGGCUGUGGCAGGCGCACAACCGCGCCAAUGCACGCCUCGCCGGGGAUAUCACUGAGGAUCCGCAGCAUCCCAAGGUUCAGUUCCCGACAGCAAUCCAAUGCGCGCGAUGCCACGGGGAUGGUGGUGUUUGGGAUCGUGCUGAGGUGCUUGUAUAUUUGCGCUCGCACUAUGGCAUUGCGAACAUCCACCUCGACGACAAUCAUCCUUAUCCUUCCCUGCAACAGCAGCAUCGCGAGGAAGCCAUACAGCUUCCGAUGCGGAAGCGCAUAAAGAUUGAGAAACCCGACUACCUGAAGGACUGGGGGCUGCAGAGAUUCAGGGCCACAGCAGGGGGUGAGGCCGCAUUGGCGGAGUCUGCACAGCGCUGGGAGCGCAUACGGCGGCGUGAGGUGGAGACGCGCACAGAGCUACGAGCGCUACAUGGCAGCAGCGGUGGCACAUGGGACAUGACGAGCAUCGACAUCAGCUUGUGUGCUAUGGUCUACAUCACUGUCGUCGCUGUGCUUGUGCUCUGCUACUACUUCUUCAUACUGCGCCGCAAGCAGAAGUACGUGCAGCCACUGCGCGGGAAGUAUGGCGUCUAG